AUGGUGAAGGCAAAGAAAUUCAUUUUAGCAAAACAUUUUGACGGGUUUCCCAAGAACAGUGAUCUGAAGCUUCUUGAGGAGGAACUACCUGAGUUACAAGAUGGGCAAUUUUUGCUGGAGGCAAUCUACCUGUCUGUUGAUCCCUAUAUGAGGCCGUACAGCAGACGUCUUUUGAAAGAAGGUGACGUUAUGUUAGGACAACAACUUGCAAAGGUGAUACAAAGCAGAAACACUAACUAUGCAACCGGGUCACACGUAUUAACAACGAAUAAGGUCGGAUGGCGGAGUCAUACCAUAUCCCGUGGUGGUCAGGAUGAUAUAGAGAGUCAACUAGAACAUUACCCUGCACAGAUCCCACUAUGUAAAGCUAUGGGAAUCCUUGGCAUGGUAGGAAUGACGUCAUACUUCGGAUUUAUCGAUAUCUGUACACCAAAGGAGGGUGAGACGGUUGUGGUGAAUGGUGCAGCCGGAGCUGUGGGAAGUAUUGUUGGGCAGAUAGCAAAAAUUAAGGGAUGUCGAGUUAUUGGAUUUGCAGGUUCGGAUAACAAAGUGAAAUAUUUAAAAGAUCUUGGAUUUGACGAAGCUUUCAACUAUAAAACAAUAGAUUUAGACGAAACGUUGAAGUUGGCCGCUCCUAACGGAGUCGAUAUAUAUUUCGACAACGUUGGAGGCAAGUUCUCAGAAGUUGUACGUAAACAUAUGAGAAAAUAUGGUCGCAUCAGUUGUUGUGGUGCAAUUUCACAGUAUAAUAAGCAAGUUCCCGAUUCAAUCACGAGUUAUGAUAUGUUGGUUGUCAUACAAGAACUUAAAAUCCAGGGAUUUAUUGUCUCCUCUUAUAAAGCCAGAUAUCCAGAGGCGUUUAAACAGAUUGCUGAGUGGUAUUUACAGGGCAAGAUCAAUCUUGACGAAACCAUUACGGAUGGAUUUGAAAAUAUGCCCAAGGCGUUCUUCGGCCUGUUUACCGGAGACAAUAUUGGCAAAGCUCUUGUUAAAACAUAG